AUGGGUUCGAAGAGUAAGAGGUCCAAAGAGCGCUGCAGCCCUGCAAUGGAAGAAACGCCAACUCCCAGUCACAUUCCCCCUCUCACCUUCCAAACCCUAAUCUCUGCAAUUCAAGCCCCUGAGGGUCCAAAGCUGCCGCUUUUGAAAAGAUUGUACUUCCUACUAGUUACACUGUCUUUAAACGAACCAAUGCGUUGUUCUAAUUUUGAAGGCGCUUUCGAUCAUUGUGGGGUUGAAGGGAAACUUGAGGAUAUACAUAACUUGAUUAAUGUUUUGUUUGAAGAGCUUGAUAGGAGGUUUAAACUCUUCUUCUCCGCUUUAUGUGAUGUUUUUGCAAGUAGAGGUCAGGAGCACAUAGAAUCCGGCACAGAUAUGUUUGCCACUGCUGAUGAACUACCUCUGCUUCUAAGAUGUUGUAUGUUAGUCUUGGCCUUGGCUAACCCUACUAUGCUAGUAGAGAAAACCCAAUUUCUUCUUUCUGUACUAGGGAGCUUGAUUUACUUGGUUACAAAUGGAGGAGAGGACAAAAACUCUGUCAGGUUUCAGAAGUUUGUUUCUUCUAAAUUCACGUACACUGAUGUUGGUGGUUCUUCUACCACUGUUUCCGAAGAGUUUGUUGCCUCUUUAUGUUUCACAGAGCCUUCAGAUCCGUGGUGUCCGACUCUAUGUGCAGUGCUUGAGAUAUUUGCAGAUGAACUUGUAAUGCGUAGAUUGCUGAGAGAGUACUUUAGUCUUGUUGAUUCUACUUCUUCCACAACUGAAAUUCUAUUUCAGUGCCACUUUGUUAAAGGUGAUAUUGGAAGUGUUCUGGAGGUGAUUUCUGUUCAUUUCAUCUCGUCAGUUUAUGGCAAGCGAGCAAAUGAGAACUUCCUUAAAAGAUUGUUCUGUGACUUUGGACAGCAUUGUAGAGUUCCUGAACUGAGCCUGACUUCUGCAGUGUCAUUGCUUCAAAACCCCAUCAUGCUUUCAGCACCAAAAAUGCUGCAGACGCAUAUGAAUUUAUUGGUUUCUGAAGCCAUUGAUGUAGACAUGUCUUUGAAGAAUGCUAGACCAGAUCUUAGACUGAUGGAAGGCUACCUAACAGCAUUUGAAAGGUCUGUCCAUUUGUACACCAGCCACAUGUCUGGUUCACUUAUGGAUUUCCAUCCCUUGGGUGUUAAAUGUUCUUAUGACAGUUCAUGCAUGCUAGGGAGAAGUUCUCAACCUUCCUUUGAAUCUUAUAUUCAACAAGUCACGAGAGAUAAAAUUUAUGAUCUAGUUACCAAUUCAGAUUCUUUAUGGGACUUGUAUUUGUGCAAUAUGUUCCAUAGAACAAAAUCUGACCUGAUGGCUGCUUCUAUUGCAUACGUAAAUGAGAGCCAACAUAUUUUUGAUGAAUCAUGUAGAGAUGAUAUAUUGUCAGUCGUACGUAGCAUAAUACUUUUAAGUUUUUCUUGUGAUGUAAGUGAUACAGUGUUGUAUAGAAAAGGGGUUACGAGUCCCCAAGAUAUUUAUCUUCUUGCUUCCAUAUUGAAGUUAAUGAGUACUUCCUUGUUGAAAGCUAUUUGUUCCCUAAGGCAUGGUGGGGAUUUGGGUUCUCCAAGAUCCUUAAAAGAUGUUUCUUCUAAGGAAUAUGAUUUUGUAGUGGAUAUCAUAGGCUGUUUUCACCAGUUCAACAUGUCUCUACCAAAUCAAAAGUUCUUAUUCGACAUGAUGAAAACCUGCCCGUUGAUACAUAAGACUUCCAAGUGGAUGCUUCUGCAUUUUUCAGGCUUGCUGUCCUUGUGUUUUGCUAGUGGGAUUGAUUUCUUAGUUAAGGGCUGCAUAUCAACAAUCAUGGCACUAUUACAUCUAUAUGUUUUUGAAGAGAGUGAUUUAGUGGCACUCAGCUCAUUGCUAGUUUCUGGUUCACAAACUUUUUCAUCUGGAUUGUCCUCUGACAAGGUUACCGAGGCCGUGGUGAAAAAGAAAUCUGUCAGAAGAGUUGCAAUGAAAUUUCAGAAAAUUCAAACACUUCACUUGAGCAAAGAAUCUCAAAGUGAGGUAGCAGAAACUUCAGAAAAUGCAUGUUUCAUGAGGUAUACAAGGGAGUCUAUGAAUGUCAUGGAGGAGGAAACAGAGGAGACCUGCAAUGGGGAGGUUUUUCUCAAUUGCAUACUAGGAAGCUCCCAGAAAUCUGACAUAGAUGAUUUAGCAGACUUCAUUGUGUGCAAACGAGCAAAGGAUUAUUCUAGCUGGUGGAAGGAUCGAGAAAGGUAUCGAGGGAUGAAAAUUCAAAGAAAGAAACAACUAAUGUGGGAGAAAAGGAAAACUGCUUGGAAAUCUAUGGUAGGAAAGAAACAUAGGUAG